GUGAUUUAUAAGCAAAGGAAGCCGGCAGCGCGAUUCUCACGUAGGAUAUAUCCUGGAUACAUCCGGUUGGAUAGUGGAUGACAAUAGAAGACUCAAGGGCCGUUGGCGUGAAAUUCGCGUCACACUUUGUCGAAAUUGCCAAGAACAAGUCGAAGCGUCCCGAAAUUCCGAUACCCUUCCUCGCACUGGUGGCAACAGCGGUUUAUUCCGCUCUUUUAUGGAAGUCGCUUGGUUCUCCAGGGAAGUUCAACUUCUCUGGAAACCAAUUCAGCGAAGUUUACAGCUACCACGUCAAGUCCCUCGAACAGCUGAAGCACGACGCACCUGGAAAGUUCCAUUAUAUGAUGGCAGAUAUUUACAAGGCUGCACAUAAGUUGAAACGCAAUGGCGCUACUGGGGAUCACAUCGAGCUGAACGCCUUCGAACUGCUUGACCUUGAGGGUAUGGAGGAAGACUAGUGACGGGAAUCUGUUCUUUCGGUGUACCUAUGUGAUUCAAAGAUUGUCGAGACUCGCGGCAUUGAUUGAUAUGUCUCUAUUCCAGUCAUUACUAGCUAUUACAUACCCUUUUCUAAUCAAAAACUAAUUUGUUCAUGUAA